AUGGCUCAGUGCUCUAGAUGCUUGAUCCCAUGGACUGCAAACGAGGGAACCUACUUAAUGGAGGUUGACAGAGUCUUGAGACCAGGAGGUUACUGGGUCUUGUCAAGACCUCCCAUCAACUGGAAAACCUAUUACAAGAUGUGGAACCGUACUAAAGCAGACCUCAGAGCCGAGCAAAAGAGAAUAGAAGACAUCGCAGAGUCUUUAUGCUGGGAGAAGAAGUAUGAGAAGGGAGACACUGCCAUUUUCAGAAAGAAGAUAAAUGAUAGGUCAUGCGAUAGAUCAACACCGGUUAACACAUGUAAAAGAAAAGGCACUGAUGAUGUCUGGUACAAGGAGAUUGAAACUUGUGUAACACCGUUCACUAAAGUAUCAAGUGAAGAAGAAGUCGCUGGAGGGAAGCUGAAGAAAAUCCCUGAGAGGCUAUUGGCAGUGCCUCCGAGUGUGUCUAAAGGUUUGGUUAGUGGAGUUGAUGCGGAAACGUACCAAGAAGAUAUUAAACUGUGGAAGAAGCGUGUGGCAAGGUACCGUAACGUGAUGGAUAUGAAUGCUGGUCUUGGUGGGUUCGCUGCUGCGUUAGAGUCUCCUAAAUCUUGGGUUUAA